AAGUGUCAACAUUUCACCAUGCAACUUGUUGGUCUAUGGGAUAACCAUCAUCACCCCCCAUCCAAAAAUAAAAACAUUUCGUCAAAAACUCCAUCAUCGAUCAGAUCUGAUUCCACCGAAUCCCCUCUCCCAGAACAGCUUCUCCUGAACAAAAAUGGCUUUCUAUGGCCAUUCCGGCGAGUCCCAAUGGCCCUAUUCUUAUGAUCCCAAUUCUUACCCAACCCAAUCUCUGAUUUCAUACCCAUCCCCAAAUCUCAUCCAAAAUCAACCCAAUCACUGCACCAGCUAUUACCUUGAUUACCAGCCUCCGAUUUCCCAAACAAAUUACUACAUAACUUCUUCUUCUUCUCACUCGACAUCAGCGCCGGACGGCGAGGUUUUCGAGGAGUACGAUCCGGACCCGUACAGCGGCGGGUACGAUAUUGUUCAGACGUACGGCAAGCCCCUUCCGCCGUCAAACCAAACCUGUUACCCCCGUUCCGCCCCUGACGAAACAGGGGAGGCUGCCGCGGCGGCGGCGGCGGUGGAGGGCACUAAUAAAGGCGGAAAUGAGAGUGCUUGGGAAUCCCCCCAAGCGGGGAACGAUGAUGCUAUUGCUAGCAGCAGGUACUAUGGGUCUGGUUUGGAGGGCGUGGAUUUGUGUGGAGGCGUGUUUGGUUACUGGCCUUGUUGGGAGAAACACCAGAAGAAGGAGAAGAAGAAGAAAUGGAAUGAUUUGGAUCAAGAAAAGUGGAACAGAAGCAGCAAUGGUGGCGAUGAAGAUAGCCCAUGGAGUGAUUAUUCAUCGGCAGCUGAUUAUAUAUUUGGAGGUCCAUUUGGAUAUGGGGAUCUCAGUUAUUCUAGUUAUCAUCAGCAAGAGUAUUAGCUAGCAGAUCAGAGAUUGGUGAUAUAGUAUUUGCCAUUUUAGCAAUAAGUGAUUUAUGUGAUG